AUGCGCGCCCUGCCAGCCCUGGACGCGCCCCCGAGCGAGCGCCUCCUGUCCCGGGACUCCGGGGCCCCCCGGGCCCGGGACGCGGCGGGGCCGACGCGCAGGAGCGCGGUGGAAAGGCUGGCAGCCGACCGCUCCAAGUACGUGCGGGGCCCGCCGGGAGCCGGCCCAGGCCCGGCUGGCGAGGGCAGCGGCCCCGGGGCGAGCGAAGGGCAGGCGCGCAGGGCCAUAGCGCGGAAGCCGCUGAGGCCGGACUCGCUGGUUAUCUACCGACAGAAAUGCGAGUUCGUCCGAGGGUCGGGAGCCGACAGCCCCAGGGGAGGCCUGGUGAAGAAAUUCUUCCCGGGGCCGGGCAAGGACAAGACGCCGGGGUCCCCCGGCACGUCCCGGGUGGGAGAGGAGGGCGGGGCCGGGGCCCAGGAGGCCGCCCCGACCGAGCCCGACCCCGUCGCGGCUCCCACGGUGCCAGGGCCCUCCGCGCCCCCGGCUCCCGCCCCGCCGGUCAGGGCGCCCUCCAGAGUUCCGGCUGCGCCCCGGGGUCCGGAGCCGCUCGGGGCGAGACACCGGGGGCUGCAGCGCUCACAGUCCGACCUCAGCUCGCGCUACUCCGCGUCCUUGGCCGAAUUUGACACCUUCUUCCAGUACUGCGGCCUGGAGCCCGAGGUGGUGGAGGCGCUCGGGCGGGAGAACUUCUCCGCCGGGUCGGACGUCGUCGCCCUCAAGGUCCGCAGCGUGAGCGUCGCCACCUCCGAAAGCGGCUUCUCCCGGCACAGCAGCGGCGACGAGGGGCUGCAGGAGGGAGAGCUCACGGAGCAGGUGCCCAGCACCACCUCGGUGGUCGAGAGGAACGCCCGCAUCAUCAAGUGGCUGUACACCUGUAAGAAGGCCAAGGAGACCCCCGGCCAGGGGCUGCAGGGCCCGGCGUGA